CACGCCCGUCUGUUGGUGAUUGAUAUAAUGGCUUGUAAGGUGGAAGGAAUAGCGUCGCAGGUCGUGUCACAUUCCUGUGAUGUGAUUUGUUUCGAAUACAAAGGAACAACACCCACACUAGCAGCAUGAGGUUUCUCGCAGCUACCAUCGUGGCUACGGCCCUGCUCGCGACAAUGGCCUCCGCCCUCAGCCCAGGUCAAACCUCGCCCAGUAACACGGACGAGGCCGAUGUGUCUGGGGUUGCCGUCGAUUACAUUGACAUUGGCAGUGCCGCAUAUGAGGCGUUGAACAACUUUGACACCUUCGUUGGCACCUCCCAUGGUAUUGUGUUCGACAAGGAGUCGCACAAGCUGAUGACCCAGUACAUGGCACAGCUUCUUCAAGCCCUUGACAACGCCAUUGGCGAGGACAUUGCUGUUGUCCGCGGGUUCCAGUCACGCCCCCAAGUCCCAACAUCGGCCCCCUCACUCCUUGAUGUUGGUCGCGCCCUUCGACUUCGGUACAAAGCGGAUGGCAGUGCAUCCUCCGAUGCCCGCCUCAGCACCCUUGCCCAGGCCUGCAUCAACGCCGGCUUUGACUUUGUGGCUGUGCCCGCAGACACGACCACAGACAACUACGUCUAUGUCAGCACCCCCAAGAUGGACUGCGGUGACGCUGUUGCAGACCUUCUGUUCAUUCUCGAUGGCUCCGGCUCUGUUGGCUCUGGCAACUUUCAGACCAUGCUCAACUUUGCCCAGGAGGUGGUGUCCUUCUUCGACGUCGCACCCGACAAGACGCGUGUUGCUGCCAUGGUCUAUGACAGCUCCAACUACCGCAAGUUUGAUUUUGACUACAUUCAGUCCGUCUCCAAGCAGCAGCUCAUCAACUACUUCGACACGUUCGCCUACCCUGAUGGUGGUACGGAGACUGGCAGCGCCCUCUCCUUUGCUCUCAGCAGCAUGUUCGUCACAUCCCGCGGGGCUCGCGACUUGAGCGAGGGUGUGCCUCGUGUUGCCAUUGUUAUCACGGACGGCAAAUCCGGCGACGAUGUUUCUGCACCAGCGCAGGCCCUUCGCGACGCUGGCGUUACUCUCUAUGCUGUCGGCAUCUCUGGUGCUGAUGUGAGCGAGUUGAACCAGAUUGCCAGCCCACCUGUUGAGGACAACGUUGUCUUCAUUGACACGUUCAGCGAGUUCUCCGCCCUUGCCUCGAAGAUUUCCCGCGCCAACUGCGACCAGCCUGCUAGUGUCUCCUCCGACAUUGACAUUGAGGUCAACAACACCUCCCCCGGUGACAUCCGCUACUACCGCCCGGACCUUGAUGGGCUCACAGAGUCCGUCCUCAUCGUUGUUGAAACUACCGGUGGCGCAACUGAUCUGUACGUGUCGACCAACCCCAACCCUGGUCCAUUCAACUAUGACUAUGCUGUGGAGAACGACGACGCAAUCAAGGCAGUGCUGGUGGACAACACUGGCAACGAGGACUACUACGUGAGCGUGCGCAGCCGUUCCGACGACCCCGCAGACACCGUCAGCUACCGUGUGAUAAUCACCAACGCCAUUUUCCAAGGCAACGCCAGCUACACCAUCUACGUCAGCACCGACGAGAACGUUGCAGGCACUCCCAUCUUCACGCUGCCGCCACUCCGCAGCUUCGACGUUGUGCCCUCGUUCAUGUUUGACCUGUUUGGUCCGGAUGAGGACAAGUUUGUGCUCGUCAACGACAGCGAGGUGGUGCUGACGGCCCCACUCGAGUUUGGCAAGCGGCACGUGGUUGCCAUUGAGGGCAUCGACGAAGCCAACAAUCUCGCUGGCGGCAUUGCCCUCAACGUCAUCUACAACGAGAUGCCGUGGACGGCCAGCCCCGACAAUGGCCACGAGUACCAGAUCAACUACCUGAAGAAGCUCAACUGGUUCGACGCCAAGGAGGCGUGCGAGGCAAACAACGCCCAGCUUGCCUCCGUGUCCUCAGUGCAGGAGAACAACUGGCUUGCCGAGCUCGCCCUCAACACCACCCUCGGCUCUGGUCUGCAUCAAGCCUGGCUUGGCGGCCACUUCCCGCCCGUGUUCGCUUGGACCGACGGCUCUGCCGCCACCGACUUUGGCUUCCCGUGGAGCGUCGAGGACAACGACCCGCACGCGCACUGCCGCUUCAAUUGCCUUGCCCUCAAGUUCAAGGACAAGAAGACCACGCCCGCUAGCGAGUGGAAAGAUCUCCGCUGCGGUCGCAAGCGCGCGUACAUCUGCAAGCGCCCCAUCGCUGCUUGAGCCGCAGCAUAGGGUGGAGUUUGCCGCAUGGAACGGCAAAGACUUCUCGACUACUUGGCGUUGUCUUGCUCUUGUGAUGUCAGAGUUCACUUGCUUUCUCUCUCUUUGUGUGUGUGUGUGUGUGUGUGUGUGUGUGUGUGUGUGUGUGUGUGUGUGUGUGUGUGUGUGUGUGUGUGUGUGUGUGUGUGUGUGUGUGUUGGGGACGCUCGUAUCCCGAUUCGCUAUCAGUACACCACAAGCUGCU